AUGGAUGUGGGAUGGAAGUCCUGUAUCAGCCCCGCAUUUGUUAUCGUCGGCCAACUGUUGAGUGGUUCAUUCUUAAAGCUCAUCGGGAAGCAAAGGCGGCAAAUGACGAUUUGGGCAAUUGCUUUGACGGCGUUCACAACCCCAUUGGGCGCAACAACUCCCUCUACUCCGACUAUGUUCUAUAUUUUUAUUGUGUUGAGCGCCAUGUCUGUGGGUUAUAUCGAGAAUGCAACACUCACAACAGCCUCUUUUACAGUGAAAGAGGGAGACAUUGGCAUUGCCCUCGGGUUGCUAGGUACGAUUCGAGGUGUCUUUGCUGCCCAACACGCCAAAAUACGCCCUUCAAAACGCGAUCCAAGCCGGCCUUCAUCGAGUUCCAGCUCUUUGCUGGAGAGUAUCAGCUCGGGGAACCUUUCGGCAGUGCCUGGAAGCACGGCACAGAUCAUCUCGGCAGCAGAGUAUGGUGAGAAGGAGGCCUACUCGGAAAGCUUCAAAAUAGUUUACUUGGCUGCAAUUGCAUUUGGUGCAGUCUCGAUUGGGGCCGCUGUGGUCACUCCCAAUUCUGAGAGCAAGUUCACCAACAAGAUUGCAAGGAGGCUACAUACUCGACAAAAUGAUGAGAUGACUGGAAAUUUGGAGCCUAGCAGUGCUGUCUGA